GCCGCCAUUAUGAAUCCCUGCGGCGGCAUUGAAAGCGUCUUGCCAAGUAGAGGUUAUGGUUGAUACGUGUAUCGUAAAAGUCACAAGAAUAAAUGUUCAUGUUGUCGUUAAAUAGACAUAUACUCACUUUCCUUGAGUUAUUUUUGUAAGGAAGUCACGGGAAAUCCUACAAUCUUCAAGAUGUCUGGAGGUAUGCUUUAUGGUGGAGAUGAGAUAGGAGCAUUAGUCUUUGAUUUGGGCCAUCAUUCCUUAAGAGUGGGCUAUGCUCAGGAAGAUACCCCAAAGGCAGAAAUCCCAGCUGUUGUUGGUAUUGGAGAAGAUGCCAAUGGUACAGUUACUAAGAACGAGCCUAUGGAUAUCGAUGAUAAGAAGCCUGAUAACAAUAUCACGCAAAGCGGAACCAAAUAUUACAUCGAUACCACAAUUCUUCAUGUUCCACGGAAAAAUAUGGAGAUUGCGAAUUAUAUGAAAGAUGGUAUGAUUGAAGAUUGGGAUCAUUUUGAAAAGGUUUUAGAUUAUACAUAUUCAAAAAUAAUCCAAUCUGAUGCUGAAUAUCAUCCUGUAUUAUUCUCUGAAUCACCGUGGAAUAUGCGCAGCAAGAGGGAAAAGCUAACCGAAUUAAUGUUUGAAAAAUACAAUGUACCAGCUUAUUUUCUUGUGAAGAAUGCAGUUCUAGCUGCAUUUGCAAAUGGCAGAGCAACUGGUAUUGUUGUUGAUAGUGGUGCUACACAUACUUCUGCAGUACCUGUGCAAGAUGGAUUUGUAUUGACACAAGCUAUUGUUAAAUCUCCCCUUGGCGGAGAUUAUAUAAGUAUGCAAUGCAGACAGUUCUUACAGGACAAUGAUAUCGAUUUAUCUCCCCCUUAUAUGGUGGGUAGCAAAGAGGUAGUCAAGGAUCAUGAUAAACCACGAUGGGUUAAAAAGAAAGGUUUACCUGAAGUCACUAAGUCUUGGCAUAAUUACAUGGUGAAGAAAGUAAUUCAGGAUUUUCAGGCCACAGUUCUCCAGAUAUCAGAAACGCCAUAUGAUGAGAAAAUUGUUUCUACAAUUCCUGCAGUACAAUAUGAAUUCCCUAUUGGAUAUCAUCAGGACUUUGGAAGUGAAAGAUUUCGAAUACCAGAAGCGUUAUUUGAUCCUAGCAUGGUACAGAUGCGCGGAGGUAUGGUUGGUAAUACUAUGUUGGGAGUAGGGCAUAUUGUCACGACCAGUGUUGGCAUGUGCGACGUUGAUGUACGACCUGCGCUUUAUGGGAGUGUUGUGGUAACUGGUGGCAAUUCGUUUAUUCAGGGUUUUCCGGAGCGCUUGAAUAGAGAUUUGUCCAUGAGAAUACCUUCUAGCAUGCGUCUCAAAUUGAUUAGCGCGAACGGUUGCGCGGAAAGGAGAUUUGGAGCUUGGAUAGGUGGUUCAAUUUUGGCAUCGAUCGGUACUUUCCAACAAAUGUGGAUCUCCAGUCAGGAAUAUGAAGAGAGCGGAAAGAGUCAAGUAGAAAGAAAAUGUCCUUAAACCGUGAUACUUCGUUGUAUGUUUUCAUCGAGUCAUAUUAGAGCGUCAGAUUUGUACAGAGAAACAUUGCACAGAGAGUGAGUACAAUUUUCGGGACACAAAAACCUACAUUCUAUGAUAUUGUGUGUGCAUUGUUUUAUUAUUCAUAAAGAAUAUGAGAUCAUAAAACAUCUUUUUACAUAAAAUUACUUUUUAUAAUGUUAUAUUAUGGUAACAAAUAUACUUGUGAUGUUAUAUCAAAUUAUAAUGUCUACUAUAGCAUUUGCGCAUGCAAUACAUAUAGAUAAGUAUAUUAUAAAUGAUAUUACACUUUAUGUUCCAAAUUAUGCUAUAAGCAAAUGAAAUAGAAAAAUUAUUAUCUUUAUUUAUUACCGAUAUGCCCUAUGGAAAAACGACGAAAUUUUGUAAAUUGUAAUAAGAUUUUUUAUAAAACUUACCAUAGCAAAGGCUCUGUCUAAACUUGUUAUCUGUAAUUCCAUCAAUUUCACCACAUUUGCACAAUGUCCUGUUAGUCUCACUGCCAGUAAUGUUAUACGCGUCACGUUUGGAAUUGUGGAUAUUUGAUCCCGCUAUAACAAAUGUUAUUACAAGAAAGGAAGUAAAGAGCAUAUGUUCACCUGAAACGCGCAACUUUCCUUCUAUAGUACAUACAUGUAUUUUCCAUUGAAAUAAUAAAUAGGUAUAAGAUGGAAGUACAAA